AUGACGUUUCGAGCGAUCCCGUUACUUCCUGUUCUCGACAGGGACAAAGACGCACCCCGGCAAGAAGUAGAGCCAGCAAGGCGCCACGUGAGUACCCAUCCUACUUCGGCGAUGCUGUUCCUGUCGAUGCCGGUGCAGUUCUGCCCGGAACAUACUGGGGCGUUAUGUCGGAAUCAGCGUUGCCACAUGACAAUUGUUGCAGGUUCCAUGAUGAUUCAUUCUCACCCCCCAUGCAUCGACUGCAGCGACACAUCGGGUCAGAAAUCCGUACACAAGGAGUGCAGAAGACUCUCCGUUGGUGAUGUAAGAUGCCGGCAUCUGCUUUAUCCAGACGAAUAUUACCUCAAGUUCCUCGUUCCACAAAUCAGUGAACAAGUUGAUCAUAACCAGGCUGAGCGCUCCCUAAUUUUGUUAUCGGGCUGUCUAUCUCGUGCUCUCCGCAGGUGGUUUUUGGAAUGGCGGCCCUUCUCGCCAUUGGAUUGGUCGUAA